AAUUGAAAGGCUUUAUUUUGUGAAUUGUGUCCGUCAAGAAAGUUCGAAUUUUUACGAAUUUCUUAAAUUUCAUUUAAGAAUACUAAAUUUAUCUUAGAGAUAAUAGAAGACUUAACAAAUUUGCUAUGAUAAAAUGCUAGUUUAAUAAUAGUUAUACAUUGAAGUAAAAAAAUGAGCAAUAAUUUAGAGACUGAUAGAUCGGUCACAACUGGAAAAAUGUAUCCAAUCGAUUUAGCACCUCAGAAAAUAACUAUCGUUAAGAGCAUGACGAAUUCUGAGGUAAAAAUGGCUCAUCUGAUAUCGGGACAGCCUAAAACAUCUAGCAGUACUGGGUCUAUGGGCUUGAUGCGUACUGCUGCUCAAAUUAUCUCUCCUGGCGUUGCAUCGCAGCCCCAGAUGAUUGUAAGUGGCUCGCCAUUACUACAGGGAACACAAAUUGUUAGCCAAGGAUCACAACUGAUAGGGCAAAGCUCACAAAUUAUAUCUCAGUCUCAGUUAAUACCUAGUGGCCAAAUCCUAAGUCCUGGUACCCAGAUAAUCAGUCAGGGGACACAAUUAUCGGCUCAAGUGUCAAAUGCUAGUAAUACAGUAUCAAGUAGUGUACAAUCAAGCAGUGUUUCUGGAAAUGGUGCACAAUUAUUGAAUGUAGGCAGUUUAGUUAGUGGAGCUGGUAAUCUAGUAGUAAGCUCUUCAGUACGUACCAUACCUCCCAGUGUAAGGGUAUUACCGCCUAUGCCACAACAAAAUAAUAGACCAGGGUUAUCAAACAUAAAUGUGAAUAAUACUGGUGGAGUUCUGGUCAACAAAGGUGUUACGAGUCAUGUUCCACGUGGCCUUGCAGCUGGUGCUUCUCUUGCAGUGAGACCUGUAACAAAUCCUCAACCUGCAGCAAAUCAAGGUGUUAUUAAAGGUGGUGCGUGGUCGAGCGGCACCCGCGGCGGGCGCGGGCGCGCGCUGGUGUACGGCUGUCGCGCGCGCUCCCCCGCGCCCCGCGCCGCGCCGCCCGCCACCCUGCCCACUACCACUGUGCUCACCUCCAGUGGAGUGAUAUCGAGUACAGUCCGCGGCCCGUCACCUCGGACACCAACACCAACGCCACCAGUGUCGACCGCACCGCGACCUUUGCCGCUACUUCAGAGGAACUACCAACCAGCCAAGGUUGUAGGAGUUGCUAGUGUUGGAGUCCGAGGUGUAGGUAACAGUGCACCGCCCCAGCUCUAUUAUGAAGUACCACGUCCUGCGCCCCACAGCAUCACAUCACAGCAACAGCCGCAGCAACACCAGCCAGCACUUCAACAGCAACCACAGCUGCCACACCAACAUCCUCGACCACUAACACCUUACGCACACGUGCAUACACAACCCGCGCAAGUAAGUGUUGUGAAUACUGCUCAAAGUCUUUCCGAGACACGUCAGACGCCGGCAUCCGUCCAGAACUCUUCUAUUUUACCUCGACCUUCUAUUUUGAGAAAAAGGGAUAUAGACGGGUCACCUACUAAAAGCCUGUCACAGAGCACAGUAAACAAUGUUACAACAAUCGUCAGCACAAUCGGAAGUGUCGGCAAUAUCAGCAACAUGGUGGGCCAGGUGUACCGCUCGGAGGGCACGGGCUGGGAAGACGUGCCGACCGGCGCUGGUUCUGGAUCCACGACAAUCUCUGCGCCCUCCUCGCCGGCGCCAGACCUCGACCCGGACCCUCCCACGCCGGAGCAGGACCUCUCGCCGAGGAAAAAGCCAAGGAAGCAAAUACUAAGUAGUGAAGUAAGACAAUGCGAUUACCCUUCAGAAGAUGUUCUUCCUUCACCACCACCUGCGGCAGCUGUACCACCUUUACCAAAACGUCCAUCACUAAGCUCCACAUACGUAUGCGGAUGGCGUAGUACGGAUCGUCACUUCACGCGUCCGGCCGACGUUCGACGCAAAGAGCCACGCGCCAGAGACAUUGUAGCCAUUGCCAGCCAGAAGCAUGUCCUAACCAGCGCAGAGGGCUGGAAAGUUCAUCACUUGACAGCACAGAUGGAUGACCUAGUAUCUCUGGAGGCGGACGUGGGCGAGCAGCUGUUGGGCGUGCUUCGCGCGCUGGAGGCCGCCGCCUCGCGCGCUCAUUCGCCUAUUCAUACCAUACAACACACGCUGCUCGAACUCGUUAAGGGCAACAAACAACGCAGUAACAUAGUUUGUGAAGGUAUUCAAGAAGCUCGCGAGGACAUUCUCCGCGUGUUUAAACACAGGAAUUUUGUAUCUGAUAUUCUAACGCGUCAAGCUGACAAAAGAUGUUUCAGGAAACAUCGGUCACAGUCAUAGCAGAAACGAAGAAGUAACCACAGACACAAAGUCAAACGAUCUUAAUUUCAUAUCAAAAAAUGAAAUUAUAGAGAUUAUUGAGAUAGAUGCAAAACUUUUUGCUAGUAACUAAUAUAUAGUUGAGUCUAUUGUGGUUGUUAAAUACACUUAAUAUAGUCUUAAAAAUAGGUAAAUUUAUUGUCUGUAAAUAGUGUAAAGAAAUAUAUCAUUUAAUAAAGAUAUAAUGAUGUCAAA